UGUACAUGCUUGUGGAUAAUAAACAAACCAAAAAUAUUUGAAAAAAUAAAUGAAUAUCUCUUAAAACUGGAAUUUGAUUGUAGAAAGUUCGCUUAAAGAUAUACAACUUUCAGAGGCAAUUCUUAUGAUGUUAACGUGUGAACUGUGAUAGGAAAAGUCAAUUAACCUUAAAGUAAUCAUUUUCAAUGUUAUUGGAUCUUCAUAAAUGGCUGAGACUGCAGAAUCUUCUACAAAUGUUACCCUCAUACAACCGUCAAACUUAGAAUGUAAGAAUCUGUAUGAUUAUUUGAAGACACGAUCAUCAGCAGUAUUAGAGAAACUAUACAACCACCCAACUAUAUGUUUGGCUGUGUACAGGGAAUUGCCAGAAUUGGGGAGACAAUAUGUAAUCCGAAUUUUAUUUGUUGAGCAACCUGUGCCACAGGCAGUUGUGGCUUCAUGGGGUUCACAGGCUUAUUCUAAGGAGCAUGUGUAUGUCAGUAAAGUAUUAACUGAGCUCUCUGUGUGGCUGGAAUCUCCAAUUCCUGGAGGUCUUACUGGUUGGAUUCUGAGUUCCACAUUCAAAAGGAAUCUCAAAAUAGCUUUGCUGGGUGGAGGAAAACCAUGGAGCAUGUCAUCAGCGUUGGAGGUGGACAGCAAAGCGAGAGAUGUAUCAUUUCUAGAUUCAUAUUCGAUGGAGAGAUGGGAGUGCGUUUUGCAUUAUAUGGUUGGGUCGCAACAGCAGGAAGGCAUUUCCGCGGAUGCCGUGAGGAUUUUAAUACAUGCAGGUUUAAUGAAAUGUGAUGAUGUUGAUGGUAGUUCUGUGAUAACGCGUCAGGGAUUUCAGUUUCUGUUGCUGGAUCGGCAAGCUCAAGUGUGGCACUUUAUCCUGCAUUAUUUGGAUACUGUGGAAAAUAAGGGACUCGAUUUGGCUGAAUGUUUGACUUUCCUUUUCCAAUUAAGUUUCAGUACUCUGGGAAAGGAUUACAGUACUGAGGGUAUGAGUAAUGGUUUAUUAGUGUUCCUGCAACAUUUACGUGAAUUCGGGCUUGUAUAUCAAAGAAAGAGGAAGGCAGGUCGUUUCUAUCCUACUAGAUUAGCUUUGAAUAUCACGAGCAGCCAAAGCCAGGCGCUCUUGGAAGAGGACACUCCGAAAGGGUACAUCGUUGUGGAGACGAAUUAUCGAGUAUACGCUUAUACAGAUUCAAAUCUUCAAGUUGCGUUACUUGGACUCUUCACCGAACUACUUUAUAGAUUUCCGAAUGUUAUCGUUGGUAUUUUAACCAGAGAUUCUAUAAGACAGGCUCUCAAGGGCGGUAUAACAGCUGAACAAAUUAUCGGUUAUCUUAAGCAACACGUGCAUCCGCAAAUGUUGAGAGGUGAAGCAAAACAGCCUUUACCGCCCACCGUAGUCGAUCAAAUUAAAUUGUGGGAAUUGGAACGAAACAGGUUGACCUAUUCGGAAGGCGUCCUGUACGGACAAUUUUUAUCGCAGAACGAUUUUAACGUAUUGAGGGAAUUCGCCCAUACGAACGGUCAUUUAAUUUGGUGUAAUCGCGACAAGAGAACGAUGGUCGUAAGCAAGGCAGGACACGAUGACGUGAAGAAAUUUUGGAAAAGAUACUCGAAGGCAAACUCGUCACCACACAACCUUACCGAAGCAUAGGUUUACCUUACAACGGUCUUCACAUUUCAGUAACAACAAUAGUUCUUAGAAUUAGGGAUGAAGUAAGAACGAAAAAAAAAACUACACG